UAUUAUCCAAAGUCAUUUGACAACUGUAAAUAAUAAUGAAUGGUAGUACACAAGGCUGUGUAUUACACUGUUUAAUCCAGGGGUUCAGUCCCGAGACAAUAAACACGCAAAAGGGAUAUCAUGCACCUCAUGACCUCGAGUCGACAAGACGGGGGAACCAUCAAUUGUGUUACAGGCAUUCCUGUGCCAGUGGCAAGGUUUACCCUGUAUAACAAUUGCCCUUUCAUAAUGAAGUGUCGAAAUACUAGCACCCCAGCGCUAUCAACAUCCUUACCUUCAAAAGACCAGGCCUGUUCCCGAGCGUGCACUAGUGUGGGGUCGUUGCUUUGGCCCUCACACUAGGUCCGUGCUCGAGGCCCACUGGUCCGGUAUAUUGCAGAGCUGGAGAAACCUCUGCCCUGGAUGGCCCAGUAUCCUCGCCCUCUUGGUCACACUGCGUACCAGCUCCCUUUGAUUGGCGUUUGUUACCAUCCACCAGUCGCCUUGUCUCAUUAAUGCUCCCUUCCAUUUUCCAAUUCGGCUCUCUUUGUUAGUUUUUCUUGGACGAAAAAGGGGGGGAAACCUUUCAGCUCGAACGGGGAAAAACAUCACCAAUCAUUUCCUUGUCUUUCUUUUCUGCUACGUUUAUGUGUGCGGUUGAGACUGCCAUUAAUUUCACCAGUUCUUUAUAGUUUGGCCAGUCUCGGCCCAGAAUUACUGGGUGUGGUAGCCUUUCCGCCACCCCAACUACUAGGUGAUGUUUUAUCGGCCCUAACGAUAAAUAUACUUUUACAGUGGGGUAUGUCACUGUGUCUCCAUUGAUACAGGAGAUAGCCAUCUAAACCUUGUUGCUGCCACAACACACCGCCCAAGAAAGCUGCCUUAAUUAAGGUCUGCCCAUAUCCUGUGUGCACUAAUGCAUGGGUUUUCACAUUUCCUGAAACCAUAUUAACAAUACAAGGCCCCUUCCAACCAUUUUGUCCUUGCUUACCUGCUUCUGAUGCCCAAUUGCACAUUGCUACGUCACACUCCAUCACAGAUGGGCAUGACCUGGCCUGGUGUCCUGGCUGGUGGCAUCUAAAACAAGCAGGGGGGGAGGAGGGAGCAGAGGUUAAAUAUCUGUCCCGUUGCUGGGGCAUGUAUUUGAGAGGAAUAAACUUUUUGUUCAUAUGGAAAAUUUCUGGGAUCUUUUAUUUCAGCUCAUGAAACAUGGGACCAACACUUUACCUGUUGCGUUUGUAUUUUUGUUCAGUGUAAAAUCGGACAGCCUGUUCUCAUGUAUACCCAAUAAAGGAUUUCAUUCUUCAGCUUGACAAAAAUAAUGCAUAACUGAAAGGGUUAAGUGAUCACACCAUAUCACUCCAGUCAUUAUUCAUUACAUUUGUUACAAGUUAACAACUGCAUUUAUUGUAAGCUGCUCAGUUUAUCUCUGGCCACUCUGUGAUGUUAGUCUGUUGGCAGUCCCAUUAUUCUAUUAAAAAACUGCUUUUGUUGCCAGAGACUUUAAUUGUACCACUAUUAGUUUUUAUAUAGCUCAUUUAUAAAUGAGGUUAUAAUCAAGGUAUUAGUGUUAUUUACUACGGCAAUGAUGUAUUUGGAACAUAACCGAUGGAAUAUGUGUGGUCUAUUAAACUAAAAGUUGCUGUUGUUUUCUUCUACCUAAUUGUUUCCUAUGCUGUAUGUCAGUUUAUGUCCAGUGAUCGAACUGCAAUCAGAUCAUGUGACCUAAAUCUUAGUAGCUGAUUAGGGUCACUGCAUACAAUAUUUAGAACGUUUAGGACCUUAUCUAAACAUGCCAGUAUGUCAAAGAUUGUCUUUAGUUAUACAAAUGUAGUAAUUGUGUUGUCAUCUUGUAUGCUUAAUGGAACAGGUGAUCCUCUAGAGAGCUUUCUUGCUAAUUGGUCAUGCCUUGUUUAUGUAUUUUAACAAUUAUAAUCCUAUGCAAUUGAGAUGUAACUAGGGCUUCUUACGUGAUUUUUAAUCAAAAGCAUAGCAGCAAUUCAAUAAAGCUGGGUGAGGAAAUCCUUAACCCAUGUCUGAUAUUAAUGUAGUUACCCAAAAUCUCUGGUUUGUUGGAACUGACAUUUACUGGUUUCUUCUUGUAUUGACAAUUGCCUUAACUUUAUGUUAUAUCAUUAUCACACAGGUGUACUGUGUUAAACUGAACCCUAGCAGAACCUUUUGCAAACCACAGGAUUUCAGUCAAUAACCAAAAUAUUCAGAGCAAUCUGUAGAGACCAGGAUUUGAUCCUCAGUCACUACCUUUAAUAAAUUAGGACACUGACAUAUCCCAUCAAUUCCAAACAAGUUUAAUUUCCUCUCCUCUAAGCAGCAUUGAUUGCUCUAUAAUUCAAAUGCUCUGGAAGCUUAUUUAUAGACUUAAAAGCCAACCUUUUGUUAAAUGAUUACAUUUGAUUGUAAAUGUUCUUUAUUUUGUACAUGCACAGAAAAGGAAAGCAUUAUCUCAGCACAACAGCAUAGCGUGACUGGAAGAUAACACACUGGGAUCAAGCUUAUCUUUCCACCACAAGUGGCAAAGUGAUACUCUAAUGGCAGUCAGUUGUUAGGCUGAAAAGGCUGAAGAAUAUUUACCCAGCAGCCCUAAUUGGCUCUUCUUAAUGGAACUGGUCCAUCAUCAUUGAGCCUCAGAAUGUUUGUUGCUAGUUAUAAUGCACCCAUUUGUAGCACACAAUGCUGUGCAAGCCAUGACACCCAUUGUGUGCGGUGCAGGUAAUUUAAUAAGUGUGGAGGAGAUGCAGUGACAUCACUCUUUUCUAGUUAAAAUACAGUGUCUGGUGGAGUGGGGUUUAGUUCUGGUGCUAUGUCAGUCUGGUUUGGGACGACAAUGAGUCCCGCUUUGCACCAGUUGCUAUCUGCUCUACUGGCCCUGAUCUUCCAGGAUUGGGGACAGGGUAGCAGUGCUGCCCCUCUCUGCUCAGAAUACCAGGAAGGUUUUGAGAAAUCUUGUUAUGAGUUUGUAGAUUUUCAACGUAGUUUUCACAGUGCCCAGGGCUGGUGUGAGAGGGGAGGGGGGCACCUGGUCUUCAUCCUGAAUGAUGAGACCCAGCAGUUCCUGCAGAAGCAUCUGCAGCCGGAUAGGGACUGGUGGAUUGGACUUGCACCAGCCGCUGAGAACCUGACCCGGGAGUCUGCUGCUGCAGAAGGACGCUUGUCCUGGCUCGAUGGCUCUGAUAUGAGUUAUGCGAAUUGGAAGACGGACGCCCCAGCAGCUGCGCAGUGCGGGUACAUCCUGAAGGAUUCUGGGUACCAAUGGGAAGCUACCAGCAACUGCAGCCAGGAGCUGUACUUCAUCUGUGAGUUUGAGUUAGGCCGAUCUCUCUCCUGUAUGGAAUACAAUGCUACACUGCAGUGUGGCUCAGGUCGGGUGAUCCAAAUAGAUGACAGCUUCUACGGCAGAAAGACACUUCACUACUGCCAGCAACCCAUCUCUCCCCCCUCCCCUGGACCAGAGGAGGAGUGUAGCUGGGUGGACGUGGCCGAUCUUGUGGCAGGGCACUGCCACGGACUGCAGGUGUGCCAAGCUGUCGCUGAUGUUGCCUCUUUCGGAGAGCCUUGUCCUGGGCUGGGGAGUUACCUGUCUGUAGAGUAUCACUGCAAAGAGGGUCUGCAGUUGCUGGUGGGGGACCUGGUGCCUGUCUUUGAGAAUGUCACCAUCACCCUCAGGUGGCUCCUCUUCCCUUUCACUGGAAACCUCACCUGCAGCCUGAGUGCUGGGGAUGGCCGCAUCAUCGACCCCUACAGCCCAACACAGUCAAACAGCAGCGUGGUUCACAAGUACACUCGUGUCGGCGUUUUCACUGUCAGCGUGGAGUGCACCACCAGUGAGUGGCAUGUGGCCGCACAGAAAACCAUCUCAGUCCAGGAGCCAGUCAGUGAGUUUGGUACCAUCAGGUGCUACAGCAAGAACCAAUGGAGAGACAGGCUUAAUUGCAGUGUGCUAUAUGGGAGCACAGUGCAGAUUCAGGUGGAGCUGGAAGCAGGCACUAACGUGACCUACACUGUGCUGUCCGGCAAUACUCUACUGGCUAAAUCAACUGCACUGAGAGGAAUCAUGCCUCACAAUCUCACCAUAGACACAAUCACUCAGCAACAGAUGGGCCCAGGCAGCCACCCACUGACCAUUCUAGCCUCCAACAAUGUGACAGCCCCCAAUGUUACCGUGGAACUGGAGGUCCUUUUUGUGGAGCCGGUUCAGGAUCUGCAGGUCACACUGACCUCCAGGGAUGAAAUAGUCUUGGGAAAUGACCUCCAAGUCUCUGUGUCCAUAUCCCACGGUGCUCCAGUGGAGUUGGUGUUCCAGUUUGUUGGCCUCAGCAAUUACACUAGGAAAAGAGAGUUGAAAGACAGCCAAACCAAAGUGUUCAGUUUUAGAACAACUUUUGAAGGUACCUUUCAUGUAACUGUCUCUGCUUCAAAUGGCUUUUCCGAGAUGAGUUUGGAGAUUGGAAGCCAAACAGUCAUCCCAAAUCCAAGCAGCACCUCCAACGUAACUGAAGAGCCAGAGGAAGAAGAGGCAGAGGUGAAGCAGAGUGUCGGACCUUCCUCUGGCAGUAUUUCAAAGAGGAGCAAAGAUGACCAUGACAGACUCAGACGUGGUGGUUCUUACAGCAGGUGCAAAAGCCUCUAUGGUGAAAACAAAGAUGUGACGGUUCGCAUAAGUUGUCUAAAUUGUAGUCUUUAUAACUUGUAUCAGCCGGUCAUUUUACAGGCCUCCUGUGGAGGCUACUGUAACAAGAUUGACUGGUAUUACGUCGACCAUGAUGAUGAGGAACUCAAUGAUUGUCAAGAAAGUAUGAUGGCCAAAAAUGGGUCAAAUUAUUUCCUUGCAGGAGGAGCAUGCAUAAAACCAUUUGAACAGCAAUGUACAGUGAGGGCAAUCGGUGUGUCAGGCUUGAAAUAUGGAUAUUUUGAUUACACCUUCAAGAUGGGACAAGUCGUCAGUUCUUAUGACCAUGGUCUGCGAGAUACUCUGGACGGUCGUCCCCUGUGGUCAGUCCAGGACGCGCGUCAAGUGACACUGGGCUUAUAUUGGAGGCAAAAUUUAAACCUGACGAUGCGAGAGCAGAUACUGCUCAUGAUGUCAGCUGCUUUCCAGGAGAGCUCUUUGGACACGAUGCAGGCUGCAGUGCAGAGAGCCAGCGUCCUGAAAAGCCUGGUCCAGAGGAGCGACGAGGUGACACCUUCUGCACAGCUGCAAGCUAGCUCCUUCCUGUACAAUCUCAGCAAAUCACUGCUCUCCCUGAAACUGAUGGACAGCGGAAAGCCUGGGGAGAUGACUGAUUUUGCCGUGAGUGUUGUCACGGCUGCCAGCUGUAUCCUAGAGGCGUCUGGGGAAAGUUUGGUCACUCAGAACCAGACAUCACAUCUCUUGAUCAGCACUCUGGGUAACGUGAAAAGCGCCCUACUGUCUAGAAAGCAACCUGACCAGGAGCCCUUCAUCCUGACCUCAGAAAAGAUCAGCCUUUAUGCCAAUAGGCUGUCUCUGAGUAGUUUGAGUGGCAGGACUAUCACCACCAGCAAUACCAGCAAAGCUAGCUUCACCUUGCCGGAAAUUGCCUCCAGCUUCUCAGAAGAUAAGACUGUUGACGUGCAGAUGAUAAGUUUUAGUCAAAACCCAUUUUCAUGGGGCAGGGGGAAGGCUGUAGAGAAGACAGUGGGGGAACUUUCACUCUCCAGAGAGAAUGGAUCUACCAUACCGGUCAGCAACCUCACCGAGGAUAUUGAGAUCUACCUUCCCAGACCAUCCGCUGACCCAGUGAAUAGUACAGUUCUGGUUUUGGGGAAUUUCAGCACUGUGAUGGUGAAUGUGACAGCUGGGAACCCCUCCCUAGUGCUGAAGCUUGAUCUGGCUCUAGAGGUCCCACUGCAGCUCUACCUGGGCUUCCAGUACCACCCCAAUGAGACCAACUUUGAUGCAGAAACACAGCUACCUGAUAAACGCUACUCUGGAGGGGAUCGGUACACCUGGGUUCUGAACCCUGACGAUCUGAGCUCAGGGGUCGGUGUUUAUUACAUCCUGCUGAGGCCUUCCCGGAACACAGGACCUACCUCAACCAACACAACCAUGUCCGUCACCUCCUUCGCAGUCAGCUGUGUGUACUGGGACGAGCUGAGCAGCAACUGGAGCACUCAGGGCUGCCGGGUCGGUCCCCUCACAACUUACAACGUGACGCAGUGUCUAUGCAAUCACCUAACUAGUUUCGGGAGCUCGUUCUUCGUCAUGCCAAAUACGGUCGAUGUCUCACGCACCGCAGAGCUCUUUGCCACCUUCUCCAGCAACCCUGUGGUGGUGUGUACUGUGGCUUCCCUCAUUGGCGUGUACAUCCUGGUCAUAAUCUGGGCACGAAGGAAGGACAUCCAGGACGCUGACAAGCUGAAGAUCACAGUACUGGAGGACAAUGACCCGCUGGCCCAGUACCGCUACAUGUUGACUGUCAGCACUGGCCAACGCCGUGGGGCUUCUACUUCCGCACAGGUGACGGUGACUCUGUAUGGAUCAGAGGGGGAGAGUGAUCCCCACCACUUGACUGACCCUGAGAAGCCGGUCUUUGAGAGAGGGGAGUCGGACAUGUUCCUGCUGACAACGCCCUUCUCACUGGGGGAGCUGCAGAGCCUGCGGCUGUGGCAUGACAACACAGGGGACCACCCUGCCUGGUACGUAAGCAGAGUUUUGGUGCACGACCUGGAGACAGAUCAGACGUGGCAAUUCCUGUGUAACUCCUGGCUCGCUAUUGACGUUGGUGAAUGCGUUUUGGAUAAAGUGUUCCCUGUUGCCACUGAGGCGGAUCUGAAGCAGUUCAGCAAUCUCUUCUUCAUGAAGACAACGAAGGAUUUCCGUGACGGACACCUCUGGUUCUCUGUGCUGAACCGCCCAGCAAGCAGCAACUUCACUUGUGUGCAGCGCGUGUCCUGCUGCUUCUCACUGCUGCUCUGCACCAUGCUGACCAGUAUCAUAUUCUAUGGUGUUCCCACAGACCCUUCUGAACAGAAGAUGGACCUCGGUGGGUUCACGAUCACCUGGCAGCAGGUGUUGAUCGGGUUUGAAAGCUCGAUUCUCGUGUUUCCUGUCAACCUCCUCAUCGUCACCAUUUUCCGAAAAGUCCGCCCGCGGGAAAAGAAGAAGGACCAGAAGAAAGAAGCAAAGCAGCAGGACAAAACAGAGCACGGAAAGACUGUCAGAGUGUCUCCUUCCCAGCCACCUUCCCCACAGACUGUCCCCAGGGAGCUGACACCGGAGGCUGUCAUCAAGGAUAUUAAGCGACUGGCUCAGUCGCUGUCAAAGACCAUGAAGAGCCCUGUCCCGCUGCUUCACAAAGACUUUGGCAGGACAACGGAUAUCAACCAGCUGCUGUCUAUGGUGGAGGAGAUCAUCCAUCAGCAGAACCGUGCUGGCGAGGAGUUCUACAAUGAGAGCCACAAGAAGGACAGCUCCCUGGUCCUCACACUUGGGGCUGUCGACUUGCAAGAGUCCAGCCCUGCUGAGAACCAAGUGAAAACCCCAGGGGAGGCUCAGCGCCGCAAUGAUUACAACCAGUACUUGUACAGACAACUGGAGCAUGUGGAGAGGGAGCUGGAGCUGCUCGGACCCAAGAGGUUCUCCACACCCCAGAGCUACAGCCAGGCCGUGAGGCAGGUGAAAGGCAUGAAGGGAUUGCUCGAGAGACAGCUCUCCACUUCCUCAGCAACUGACCGGCUCUCCCAGUGCCCCGGCCCCACAGACGCUGAUGUGCAGAAGAAGGGUUGCCAGAAGGGGCUGCCCUGGUGGUUUGUCUUCCUUGGCUGGCUCCUGGUGCUGGCUUCAAGCAGUGUCUCGGCCUACUUCACUAUGUUUUACGGGCUGCACUAUGGCAAGCAGGGCUCAAUUAACUGGUUGAUCUCCAUGUCUAUAUCCUUCUUUGAGAGCCUCUUCCUCACACAGCCGCUCAAGGUCCUGGUGUUAGCUAUGUUCUUUGCUCUGGUGCUGAAGCGAGUGGACCCGGAGGAGGAGAGUGAGGGGCCCAUCGACAGGAUGCUGGCAAGCUCAGGAGAUCCCGAUGCAGUGCUGAGCACUCGGAGAGACAGCAGCAGCAGUCUCUACCAUCCCCCCCCUCCCACCGACAUCGAGAAGAUGAAGAACAACAUGCUCAAGGAGCAGAAGGUGUUUGCACUGAUCAGAGAGAUUGUGGCCUAUAUCGGUUUCCUGUGGAUGUUGCUACUGGUGGCCUAUGGGCAGCGCGACCCCAACAGUUACUUCCUCACAUCGCACAUCAGGCAGAGCUUCACGAGUGGUCUGUCUGAUUCCAUGAAGCACGGAGACUUCUUUAACUGGGCCAAAAGCACCCUGCUGAGCAACCUGUAUGGGCCUUACCCAGGUUUCAUCACAGAUGGGAACUCCAAGCUGGUGGGCAGUGCCCGAAUGCGUCAGGUCCGAGUCCAGAGAGACUCCUGUCCUGUGACCUGGUCGAUGCGCAGCACAGUGCGGGACUGCCACGCUCCCUACUCGUGGGAUCUGGAGGACAUGGACUCGUAUGGACCAGGGUGGAACAUCUCAGCUCCCAGAAACACCUCCCAGUUCUCCAGCGUAUGGAAAUACCAGAGCCAGGGCAGCCUGAGAGCGUACCCCCUCUGGGGCAAUAUUGCUCUCUAUAGAGGAGGAGGCUACGUGGCAGUGCUGGGCACCGACAUAGAGAAUGCUACAAGUGUUCUUCAGUACCUGAUUGACAAUACCUGGCUGGAUGAAUACACACGGGCAAUCUUUGUGGAGUUCACUGUCUACAAUGCCAACCUCAAUCUGUUCUGCAUCGUGAAUGUCAUGCUGGAGACCAGCGCUGUGGGAGCAUUCCAGCCCCGCGCAGAACUGCACAACGUCCGCCUGUAUCAGGGCACUGGCGGCCUGCAGUUUUUUGUCAUGGGUUCUGAGAUCAUCUACUUUCUCUUCAUCAUCUACUACAUGGUUCUACAGGGCAAGCUGAUGAAGGAGCAGAGGUGGGCGUAUUUUAAAAGCAAGUGUAAUCUGCUGGAGCUGGCCAUCAUUGUCCUGAGCUGGAGCGCACUGUGUAUGUUCAUCAAGAGAACCGUACUGGGGAACCGCGACGUGGAGUACUACCAGAACCACCGAGACCAAUUCGCCAGUUUCUAUGAGACGGCCACUGCAGACUCAGCCCUGGGGUACAUCAUCGCCUUCCUGGUUCUUCUGGCCACGGUCAAGAUGUGGCAUCUCAUGAGGCUGAACCCCAAACUGAACAUGAUCACUGCCACUUUGCGCCGAGCCUGGACAGACAUCUCUGGGUUCAUCAAUGUCAUCGUCAUCAUGUUACUUUCCUACUCCAUUGCUACUAAUCUGUUGUUUGGCUGGAGGCUGUACUCCUACAGAUCACUGCAGGAGGCUGCUCUGGCCAUGGUCAGCCUGCAGCUGGGAAUCUUUAACUAUCAGGAGGUCCUGGACUACAACCCAGUCCUAGGAGCAUUCAUGAUUGGCUCCUGCAUCAUCUUCAUGUCCUUUGUGGUUCUCAACCUCUUCAUCUCCGUCAUCCUGGUGGCCUUCAGUGAGGAGCAGCAGCAGCACCAGCCUUCAGAAGAGGAGGAGAUUGUCAACAUGAUGAUAGGAAAGCUUUGCAGUUUCUUCGGGAUCAAACUGAAGAAACAGGAGAGCAGCACAGAGGAUUCUCCUAAAAACUAGACCCCGCCCUCCAACGAGACAUUUCAAACUGCAGAGACAUCACCUACCCUUUAGUUACAUUGCACUGUAGCUACCAUUUUCCAGAUUUACUUACUACGUACUGGGAAGAAAUUGUAGAAAUACCUUUAUUAUGAUGGGAUGUUUCUGCAUGUGCACCCUCACAAUAUUUAGUGCUUCGCUCACUUCUAUUGACAACUUGUUUUGUUUUUAAGAUGAAAGUCACACUUUGUUUAACUGCUUUGUUUCAGCCAUUUUAUUGUAAUUGUUAUUUAUUUUAAAA